AUGAGUGGAAAAUUAUGUAAAGAAGAAAAUAAUGAUGUACCAAUUGAAAUGCGUUAUGAGUUAAAUGGGGUUUUAGUUGAUAAAUCCAAAAAUGUUGGGAUUACAACAACAAUAAAAAAUUAUUUAUCAAUUAAUUCGAGGGAGAAUAAUGAAAAUGCUGGAUGGUUAAACGGACUUGAGCAGAUGAUGGUAACAGAUGAAAAUGACUAUCAAAAAAUCAUUGUUAACGCUAAACAUGAAAUUAUUCUGGUACGAUCUCGCUCUGAUUUAAAUUCAAUCGUGAGAGAUGUUGCAACUUUUCAAGAAGAAGUUAAAUUUGAUUUAAAAAUUACAAAAGUUGAAUGGUUAGUGCCAUAUGUAACACUAUCAAAUAGAAAUAAAAUGGAAAUGAUGGAAUAUAUACAAAAAGAUCCAGUCAUUUCUAUUGGAUUCAGGACCUGGGAACUCUAUGAAUAUCCACUGCUACCAACAACAAAUCAUCAUAUUUGGACGGUGAAGACAUCAACUCAACUGGAAAAACCUCGCUAUGUUAUUCUUGCUUUUCAAACAAAUAGAAAAAACGUAUGGCAUGCAGAUGCAGCAAGACUUGAUCAUUGUAAUAUAACAAAUGUUAAAUUAUAUCUUAACUCACAAAUUUUCCCAUAUGGAAAUUUAAAUCUUGACAUUUCGAAAAAUCGAUUUUCAUUAUUGUAUGAUAUGUAUGCUAAUUUUUCCGAGUCUUAUUAUGAAGCUAAAAUAGAUUUGAUAUCGAAAAAUUCUUUCAUCAAUCAAUCACCAUUAAUUGUAAUUGAUUGUAGUAAACAAAAUGAACUUUUAAAAGCUGGUGCUGUAGAUGUACGUUUAGAAUUUGAAUCCAAAAACAAUUUUCCACAAGGAACUGCAGCUUAUUGUUUAAUUUUACAUGAUAAUAUAAUUGAGUAUAAACCAAUCAGUGGCAUUGUACAUAAAUUAAGUUAA